GCCCGCGGGGCUCCGGGCCGGGCCGCCCGCCCUCGCCGCCGCCGCGUCCCCGGAGCCCGCGGAGGCCGAGGAGCGCUCGCUGCAGCACAUGCUGCGGGCCAUAGCGGAGGAGCGCGCGCGCCUGCACCUGCGCCGCGACGUCUGCGGCCUCGGCUGCUUCAAGGAUGACCGCAUCGUCUUCUGGACCUGGAUGUUCUCCACCUACUUCAUGGAGAAGUGGGCGCCGCGGCAGGACGACAUGCUCUUCUACGUGCGCCGCCGGCCGGGCUACGCGGGCAGCGAGGGCGCCAGCGAGGGCGGGAAGCCCGAGGAGCCCGAGGUGGAGGUGGAGGUGUACCGGCGCGACUCCAAGAAGCUGCCCGGCCUGGGGGAGCCCGACAUCGACUGGGAGGAGAGCGUGUGCCUGAACCUCAUCCUGCAGAAGCUGGACUACAUGGUGACCUGUGCGGUGUGCACGCGCGCCGAGGGCGGCGACAUCCACAUCCAUAAGAAGAAAUCCCAGCAAGUGUUCGCGUCCCCCAGCAAGCACCCGAUGGACAGCAAGGGCGAGGAGUCCAAGAUCAGCUACCCCAACAUCUUCUUCAUGAUUGACAGCUUCGAGGAGGUGUUCAGCGACAUGACGGUGGGGGAGGGAGAGAUGGUGUGCGUGGAGCUGGUGGCCAGCGACAAGAGCAGCACAUUCCGCGGCGUCAUCUUCCAGGGCUCCAUCCGCUACGAGGCUCUCAAGAAGGUGUACGACAACCGCGUGAGCGUGGCUGCCCGCAUGGCGCAGAAGAUGUCCUUCGGCUUCUACAAGUACAACAACAUGGAGUUCGUGCGCAUGAAGGGGCCGCAGGGCAAGGGCCACGCCGAGAUGGCCGUCAGCCGCGUGUCCACGGGAGACACGUCCCCCUGUGGCACCGAGGAGGACUCGAGCCCCGCCUCGCCCAUGCACGAGCCGGUGACCUCCUUCAGCACGCCGCCCACUCCCGAGCGCAGCGGCCGGCCCACGUUCUUCUCGCCGUCGCUCAAGAGGAAGGUGCCGCGGAACCGCAUCGCCGAGAUGAAGAAGUCACACUCGGCCAACGACAGCGAGGAGUUCCUGCGCGAGGGCGACGGCGGAGCUGACCUCCACAAUGCCACCAACCUGCGCUCCCGCUCCCUGUCGGGCACGGGGCGCUCCCUGGUGGGCUCGUGGCUGAAGCUGAGCCGGGCCGAGGGCAACUUCCUCCUCUAUGCGCACCUCACCUACGUCACGCUGCCGCUGCCCCGGAUCCUGACAGACAUCCUGGAGGUCCGGCAGAAGCCCAUCCUGAUGACCUAGCCCAGCCCGCCGGCCCCGGGCGCCCUGCCAAGUGCCUACCUGUCCACCGCCACCGGGCUCUUGUGACAACCCGGCGCCGGCGCCGGGGCCAGGCAGGGCCCCCCGACCCCCGGGGCCAGGGCCCCCGCCACGAACACCAGCCCAAACUAAAGUGCCUCGUUCUCCUGCUGGCUCUGCUCCCACGCCUGCCGCCGCCCCCAGGACCCGUCGUCCCCCCAGAAGGACCAGCCCGACCGGUAGCCACGAGGGGGGAAGGGGGACGGGGUCUGGCCCCGCAGGGCGCCCUGGGGCGAGGGUUCUGGCCCGGCUGCCCCCGUGUGCCCGGCACCACCAUGACGCCUGUCCCCGCACGGACGGACGGAUGGACGGGCCGCCCAGGGAUCUGCCUUCGCUUCCAGCCAAAGAGCCCCCCCCCGCCCCCUUCCAGCUGGGGCGCCGGGCCCCUGCUUGUGACCGCGUCCUGGACUCGGGCAGGACAGUGGGCGCCGGGCGGCAGGCCAGCCGCGGGCGCACUUCUCAGCCUAGUGGGCAGGCAGACAGGACCCGGGGGUGCGGCCGGCAGGUGGGCGCCCAUCCUGGCGGCCAAGGCACCCGCAGCACCAGGCGUCCCCACGGCCCCAGCACCGUGAUGGGACAUGGAGGCUUCCCUGGGGGCGGAGGGGGGCAGGGGGAGGAGGAGGGGCUUGUCGGCUUCAUUCCACGCUCCAAACUGUGGCGCUGGGCUCCGGGAACAGGGCCCCUUUGGGGCUCCCCCUAGAUUUUGUACGCUGUUAUUAAAGUGAGCGAUUGCGUUUC